AUAGGAUUUGGAACACAACAAAGAGCUUUGUGUGUUCUCUUUGUUCAAUACUCUCUCUCUCUCUCUUUAAGAAAAAAAUCUUAAGGAGAGAGCUUCCGAUAAUUAAAAAACAAAAACAAAAAAGAAACAUCAAAAAGAUAUUAUGGCGGAGGGGCAAUCCCCACAGAACUCACCUCCGUCAUCUACACCUCCAUCUCCUCCCUCCUCCGACACCACUCAACAGCAAUCUCCUCCGUCUCCUGACUCAUCCUCCUCCUCUCCUCCUUCGUCUUCACCUCCAGCUACUCCUCCGCCCGACAAUGCUUCCUCUCCUCCACCGCCGGAUAAUGCUUCCUCUCCUCCACCGCCUUCUUCAGACUCACAAUCUCCACCAUCUCCACCACAAGGCAACAAUAACAACAACAACAACAAUGGUGGAAACAAUGACAACAACAACAACAAUAACAAUAACAAUGGUGGAGGAAGCAACAAUGGUAAUAACAAUAACAAUGGGAAUAAUAACAACAAUAAUGGCAACAGUGGUGGAGGAAGCAACAAUAAUUCUCCUUCGCCUCCUUCUAGAAACAACAAUGGUGGAGGAAGCAACAAUAACUCUCCUUCCCCACCAAGAUCGCUAGCUCCGCCUAGAUCAACCGGUGGUGGCUCAAACUCGUCACGUAACGAUGUUAACACGGGUGCUAUCAUAGGUAUCGCGGCUGGUGCUGGUUUGUUGCUUCUUGUUAUGAUCUUGUUCUGCGUCUGUUGCUGUCGCAAGAAGAAAAAGAAGCAUCAGAUGCCGUACUACGCAAGCAAUGGCUACGCCACAGGCAAAGGUGGGGGUGAUCAAUACCAACAACAGUACAACCAAAGCGGUCAUGUAAUGAAUAUGUCUGGUCAAUACUCUGGAUCAAACAACGGUAAUAACAAUUGGAUGAAUUCACCACCUCCACCACCACCUGGAAGCUGGCAACCAUCUCAACCACCCGUCUCAGGCGGUUUAAACAGCAGCGAGAUCUACUCAGGUCCGCACGGUCCGGCUCUACCACCACCUCACCCUUCAGUGGCUCUAGGUUUCAACCAGAGCACAUUCACCUACGACGAGCUAGCUGCAGCAACUCAAGGCUUCUCUAAAGAUAGACUGUUAGGGCAAGGUGGGUUCGGGUAUGUUUUCAAGGGAAUACUUCCCAACGGGAAAGAGAUCGCUGUGAAGAGUCUUAAGGCAGGAAGUGGACAAGGAGAGCGAGAGUUUCAAGCUGAGGUCGAGAUCAUUAGUCGAGUUCACCAUCGGUUCCUUGUGUCUCUUGUUGGGUAUUGUAUUGCAGGAGAACAGAGGAUGUUGGUUUAUGAGUUCUUACCUAAUGAUACACUUGAGUUUCAUCUCCAUGGUAAAAAUGGUACCAUGCUUGAUUGGCCUACAAGGCUCAAGAUUGCUUUGGGAUCAGCUAAAGGGCUUGCUUACUUGCAUGAAGAUUGUCAUCCAAGAAUCAUUCAUAGAGACAUUAAAGCUUCAAACAUCCUGCUUGAUGAAACAUUUGAAGCCAAGGUUGCUGACUUCGGUUUAGCAAAGCUAUCUCAGGACAACGUUACACAUGUGUCCACUCGUAUCAUGGGAACUUUCGGGUACUUGGCUCCAGAGUAUGCGUCAAGCGGGAAACUAACAGACAGGUCAGAUGUUUUCUCCUUUGGAGUGAUGCUUCUUGAGCUCAUAACCGGACGUCGACCUGUUGAUCUCACUGGUGAAAUGGAAGACAGCUUAGCCGAUUGGGCAAGACCCUUAUGCUUAAACGCAGCUCAGGAUGGAGAUUACAGUGAACUAGUUGAUCCACGUCUCGAGAACCAAUACGAGCCUUAUGAGAUGGCAAGAAUGGUGGCUUGUGCUGUUGCAGCCAUCAGACACUCAGCUAGACGCAGGCCUAAGAUGAGCCAAAUUGUUCGAGCUCUGGAGGGAGAUGCAUCGUUAGAUGAUCUAAACGAAGGAGCGAAGCCUGGACAGAGUGCACUCUUCGGAAGGGGUUCAAGCUCGGACUAUGACUCGGGAAGUUACACUGCGGAUAUGAAGAAGUUCAGGAAAGUGGCGUUGGAUAGCCAGGAGUAUGGUGCAAGCAGUGAGUAUGGGAACACAAGCGAGUACGGUCUUGACCCGUCUUCCUCGAGCAGCGAGGAGACUCGUAGGGGAGGAGCUAACAACAACAAAACAACUCCUAACCGAGAGUUUUGAUUUAGCUGUUAGAUCCAAACAAUUCAAUCCUUGCUGUGUUUUUGUGUGUUUUGUUUCCUUGUGGAAUCUUUAAACUUUUUUUAAUUUUUAUUUUCGUGUCAGAUUCUGACCGUUAAUGUGUUUGUGUCUGUGAAGAAAUAUUCAAACAUUUGAUUGAUAAAUUAUACUAAAUGUCUCUGCUAAUAUUGAAUUAUUAUUUCUAUCUCUCCAUCAACAAUCUUUUCUAACUUCAGAUUUCACAAGUGAGAAAUGAAAUGAACGAGGAAGGAGCUCAACAACCCAGAUUGAAUCAAAUCUUCAAGUUGGACACUCAUGAGUCCUCUGGCUGCUAAUAUACGAACAAAUGCCAGUGGGUAAUCUCUGAUUGUUUCAACUUUCAACUUAUGUCACUGCAUCUGUCUUAACCCAACACUAGAUUUUCGUUCUCAUUAGGAAGAAGAAAGUAGUGAUAGCGAUCUAGAGAAAAAAAUAUGAUUCUGUGACCGCAAGACUUGCAAUACAAACAAAGUACAAAAGGUAGAGCUAACAUACGAGAAUAAGAGUUUGUUUCUCACACUUCUCCAACCUUAUGUCCCCACACUAUGUUCCGAGAGGCAAAGAUCGCUUCUAUGACAUAAAAACAGCUCAUUUAGCUGUAUUUAGCCUGAGAAGGUAUAAAGAUUGAUCAGUCUCUCGCAUUUAUCAAGAUAGUAGGCAAGGUUUUUGUAACUGGCCAUUGAAGUAAAAGUUGCCGCAUAUAUCUAUCUAAGCUCCAUCCAUAACGGUACUAACUAAUACUAUUCACGGUGAGUGUUCUAUCUGUGGAUAUUGAGCAUAGCUUUAGCCUCCUUCUCCUGCUCAACCAAAUCCUCACUAGCAUACUCCCUCAACAACUCCAUCUUCUUCUUCAGCAACACCAUCUUCUCAAUCUCCUUCUCAUCAGGCAAAG